ACAAUUUGGCAAUGGGGUGGUAAGUGGGACCCACUGAGUUUCACCCUCAUCUUCUUCUGGUUCUGCUUCUGUUUCUACUGCUCCAGCUUCUACUUCUUACUUUCUGAGCCUCACCUUUCCCUUUCUAUCUUUUCCUCCUUUCCUUCAUCAAUGGUGGUGGUGGCUUUUGAGAAAGCUCUGUCUUUUGGCUCUUCGAGCUCAAAAGCAAGAGCACCUUAGAUUUAAAGAUCGGAUUCGCUUUCAUUGUGUCCCUUUACUCAGAGAGUAACUUACAGUUACAGUACUAAUAUCUGAAGCUGAAGAUUGAGGAACUUAUGGUUUGAAGUUUAAGGGGUGUCUGAGUUUGUGAAUACGAAGAAUAUGGAUCAAAAUAGAGAAGAGAGUUGGAGGGAAUUAAUGAAGAAGAUGCUUCCUCCUGGUGCUUCCUUACCUGAUGAUGCUUCUAAUCUUGAUUACUCCAUAGCUAUGGAAUAUGUUGGUCCACCAGUUUCAUACGAAUUGCCAAAAGUUGAGCCUCUUGAUGGAAACUCAAGAGCAAUUCCCACUGCUGAGCCACUCUCUGGAUCACAAAGAUCAAAUACUCGUGUGGGGUCUAUGGUGAUUGAGCCAAUCCCUCUGCCAGUGUCUCGUAUUGCCGGUAUAACAAGUUCUCCUAAUCAAAGUCCGAGGGUGUCAGGAAGCUCAGAUUCUGUGGUUUCUGUCUUACAAAACCCAGAUCUUUCUUCCGCUUCACCAUCUGCUUCACCUGCCUCAGUUCAUAAUCCUCCACAGCCGUUGGUUAAUGAAGUGAAGAGAGCACCGGUUGUCACUUUUAAUACUGUUGAUAGAUCUCAGAGGAAAGAAGUGGAGGUUGUGAAGCCAGUUUAUUCAGAAUAUGUUGGAGUUUUGAAGGAAAGGAAGAAAAAGAAAAUAAGAGUUUGUUAUAGGUGUGGAAAAGGGAAGUGGGAAACUAAGGAGUCUUGCAUAGUGUGUAAUGCCAAGUACUGCAGCAACUGUGUGCUAAGGGCAAUGGGAUCCAUGCCUGAAGGACGCAAAUGUGUAACAUGCAUUGGUCAACCAAUUGAUGAAUCAAAGCGUCUAAAACUAGGUAAAUAUUCAAGGGUGUUGUCCAGAUUGUUAAGUCCUCUAGAAGUCAAGCAAAUUAUGAAAGCAGAGAAAGAAUGUUCUGCUAAUCAGCUUCGGCCGGAGCAGCUUAUCGUCAAUGGAUUGCCCCUGAAGCCGGAUGAGAUGGCCGAAUUACUUGGAUGCCUGCUACCUCCACGUAAACUGAAACCUGGUAGAUAUUGGUAUGACAAAGAAUCUGGUCUCUGGGGAAAGGAAGGGGAAAAACCUGACAGAAUCAUAAGUUCAAAUCUGAAUUUCACUGGGAAACUUAGCCUCAAUGCUAGUAACGGAAACACCGAGGUUUACAUGAAUGGUCGAGAGAUCACAAAACUUGAACUGAGGGUACUCAAACUGGCAAAUGUGCAGUGUCCUCGUGAUACACACUUUUGGGUUUAUGAUGAUGGUCGUUAUGAGGAGGAAGGUCAAAAUAAUAUCAGAGGAAACAUUUGGGAGAAGGCCUCAACAAGAUUCAUAUGUGCCUUAUUCUCUCUACCCUUUCCCCAUGGUCAGCCUCAUGGGCUAAAGGAUGAAACUAGUCACUAUACCACAGUUCCUAUUUAUCUGGAACAGAAAAAAACUCAGAAGCUUCUUCUUCUUGGAAUACAAGGAUCUGGUACUAGCACUAUAUUUAAGCAGGCCAAGUUUUUGUAUGGGAACAAGUUUUCUGCUGAAGAGCUGCAGGAUGUUAAACUGAUGAUCCAGAGUAACAUGUAUAAAUAUCUUAGUAUUUUACUUGACGGGAGAGAGCGAUUUGAAGAGGAGGCUGUUUCUAGAAUGAAUGGACAAGCUUCUCCUGGUCAAACUAUGGAAACAAGUAAUAUUUCAUUCUAUGGUAGCAAUGGUGAAAGUAGUACUAGUGAAUGCAUCUAUUCCCUCAACCCAAGGCUAAAACAUUUCUCUGACUGGCUCCUGGAUAUUAUAGCCACUGGGGAUUUAGAUGCCUUCUUCCCUGCCGCCACACGUGAAUAUGCACCAUUAGUUGAAGAAGUAUGGAAAGAUCCUGCCAUACAAGAAACCUUCAAAAGAAAAGAUGAGCUUCACUUUCUUCCUGAUGUUGCUGAGUACUUCUUAAGCCGGGCUGUGGAGAUAUCUAGUAAUGAAUACGAACCUUCUGAAAGGGACAUAGUAUAUGCAGAAGGAGUCACUCAGGGAAAUGGUUUGGCUUUCAUGGAGUUUUCACUUGAUGACCGUGUCGCUAAGUCGGAUACUUACUCAGAUAAUCUCGAUGCUCAGCUGCCACCACUGACUAAGUAUCAACUCAUAAGAGUGAAUGCCAAGGGCCUUAAUGAGGGCUGCAAGUGGGUUGAAAUGUUUGAAGAUGUUCGAGCUGUGGUGUUUUGCGUUUCCCUAAGUGACUAUGAUCAGUUGUGGCUUUCCCCAGACAGUAAUGGCAGUGGAACACUUGUUCAAAACAAGAUGGUACAAAGCAAGGAGCUUUUCGAGACGAUGGUGAGACACCCUUGCUUCAAAGACACCCCUUUGGUUCUGGUCCUUAACAAGUAUGAUAUCUUUGAGGAAAAGAUCAGCAGGGUGUCCCUAAAUACAUGUGAAUGGUUCAGUGAUUUUUGUCCCGUGCGUGCAUACCAUAAUAACCAGUCACUGGCCCAUCAGGCCUACUUCUAUGUUGCUAUGAAAUUCAAGGACCUUUAUGCAUCCCUCACAGGGAAAAAACUCUUUGUGGCACAAGCCAGGGCAAGGGAACGAGUCACUGUUGAUGAGGCAUUCAAGUACAUAAAAGAGGUCCUCAAAUGGGAUGAAGAGAAGGAGGAAAAUUUCUAUGGUCCACCUGAGGAUUCAUUUUACAGCACAACAGACAUAAGCUCCUCUCCCUUUGUCAGACAAGAGUGAAUGAGUGUGCAUAAGAAAAAUUCUUAUUUGGCUAUUGAAAAAAGGGUCGAAAAUGUGACAUGCUGGCCAGCCUGUGCUAUGGUAUUUACAUAUUCUGAAAUGUUAAGUGAAAGUUAUUGAUGGUUUUGGUAGAGUUCUUUAAAGCUGAA